AUGAAAGACAACGCUGACAAUAGUCAUGCUUACCAACGAUUUCUUCUUGUUCAGGAGUAUUCGAAGAAAUCCACAGGCUUUCCACCAUUGAAUGUUUUGCAACAUUUGACAUUAUGUUUACAGUAUCUCAUUACUCGAUGUCAAAAUGAGGCAAACGCUAUUAUAUAUGGUCCCCUUUUCAUUAAUAAUAAAUCAAGCUGGGCUAUUCAUAAUUUUAUUUCAUUCAGUAGUAAAGAUCAAGUCAAAAUAGAUGGUUUUAUCAACAAAGUUUCAGUUCAUUUUUCAACAGCGCCCACCGUUAACAAACCUGAAAUAUGGCUAUUUGUAAUGAAAGCUGGAAGCAUGGGGAACGAAUUCGAUAUUGUUCGAUAUAAACGAUUGCAAAAUAUAAAGAAAAAGACUGGCAUACAAACAUUCUCUGAUCUCAACAUGGAAAUUAAAAAAGACCAAUAUCUGGCUAUACGAUUUUCAUUAGGAGCUGGAAAUCCAAUUAUUGUAGAUGGCGAUCAAUAUUAUAGUGAUUUUGAGUAUGAGCCUCAUGAGGCUACUGAUAUUCCAUUUAAAAUUUUUAAAAAUAAACGAAUUGCAAUGAAUUUUCGAGUUGUGCCAACUGGUUACGCAAGUAAUUCUAAAUUUCUCCGCUGGUUGCGAUACGAUUGCUUGCCUGUGAUCAAUGAAUAUCAAGUUCUUGAUCCAUUUGUAUCAAUCAAUGUAUUUUGGUCAAUGAAUUUAGAUGAAAAACGUACAGCAGUCUGUUCAACUGAUAAUGAUUCCAUUAUGAUACCACGAUACUUCAAAAAGGUUCGUUUUCAAAUUAAUGCACUUGAGAAUUAUGGUGUAGAGGAUGCCAAUGUUCAACAGAAGAUAAACUAUUACUAUUUUCAAGAUGAAAAUCGAAUCUUGUUUCCACCAGGUACAAUAUUCAAAGUUGAGCAUUGUUCGAAAUCAAAUAUGGACGACGAUUCAUAUUCUAUUCAGUUGAAACUAGCAUCAUUAGAUAUUAUAGUAUUUGAAUUCGGUGAAAUUGUUAACUUUUGGCUAAACAAUGAACAUCUGAAAACAAACCAAGCUUCACUCGCUCGUUUAAUGAUGCAAACAGGUCGACUAGAUGAAGCUGAAAAAUAUUAUGAUAAAUUAUUAAAUAAAUAUUUUGCAAGAUAUGAUUCAUUGAAAAAAUAUUUUUACUAUGGUUUGGGCAAUGUGGCAUAUAAAAGAUACGAUUUCAGAAUAGCCAGAAAAUAUUAUAUACAUGCACUGGGUACAGAUAAUCACGAAAAGAAUGAUGAAAAGAACAACACAACAAUGAAUGUGAAUAAAGAAUCACAAAAUGUCAUUUUAACUACAAUCAGAUCCUGCGAUCCAUUAAUUGAUAUGUCCUUCUUAGGAGAUGAUGGUCUCUUCAGAGCAAGAAUCACAUAUGCAUUAGCCAACACAUACUUUUCUGAGAAGGACGAAACAAGGAUAUUUAAAAACCAUAUAGAAGCCUUGCGUCUAUUUACACAGUAUCAUAAAAAACCAAGCCUAGAUAUUGUUGAAUGUUAUAUUACUAUUGGAAAAAUUUAUACGAUUUCUGACGUAAAUAGGAACCAUGAUAAUGCAUUAAAAUACUUUAACGAUGCGGUAGCUGAGUUAGACAAAUGGGCUUCGACAUUUAAAUAUACACGAUGGAGAUAUUUGCCUUUCAAAAUUGUUCCAUUAUUGAAAAAUCUGGGUGAAUUGUUUCGUCAUAAACAUGAGUUUAAUAAAGCGUAUGCUUGUCAAUAUACAGUACUCUUGAUAUAUCAACGAUUUUCGAUUUGGAAAGAUUUUGAAGUAGGCUCUUUAUAUGAAGACAUUGGUCGAAUUUAUCAAGAAGAUAAAAAGUUAAAAAUGGCUUUAACAUUCUAUCACAAAGCUGCUGACAUAUAUUAUUGGUGUGAUAAUAAAACAAGAAACUCCUAUGUUGUUAUUCGGAAACUAAUUGAAGACAAUAUUUCUCAAAUGAAGUAA